AUGGCUGAGGGCACACUCCGGCAGAUUCUGUGUGUGCCCUCAGAUGCUCAGCCGCAGACCUUUGGGGGAAUAAAGGGGGCAGACCCACCCACCUUGCCUCCAGGCUCUUUCCUUCCUGUUCCUGUUCUAUGGUGGGGCUCCCCCAGACUUCAGAUUGAGAAGUCAGAUGAAGUUUCAAGAAAAGGAAACUGGUGGGUGACAGAGAUGGGUGGAUGGGCUGGGGAAAGGCUGUUUACUUCCUCCUGUCUAGUAGGCUUGGUCCCUUUAGGGCUCUGGAUAUCUGUGGUGACUUGUCCACUCCAGCGGGGCAUCAUGUGGCAGCUGCUCCUCCCAACUGCUCUGCUACUUCUAGUUUCAGCGGAAACUGGCACGCGGACUGAAGAUUCCCCAAAGGCUGUGGUGUUCCUGGAGCCUCAAUGGCACAGGGUGCUCGAGAAGGACAAUGUGACUCUGAAGUGCCAGGGAGCCUACUCCCCUGAGGACAAUUCCACACAGUGGUUUCACAAUGGGAGCCUCAUCUCAAGCCAGGCCUCAAGCUACUUCAUUGCCACUGCCAGAAUCCAUGACAGUGGAGAGUACAGGUGCCGGACAAACCUCUCCGCACCCAGUGACCCGGUGCAGCUAGAAGUCCAUAUCGGCUGGCUGUUGCUCCAGGCCCCUCGGUUGGUGUUCAAGGAGGAAGACCCUAUUCACCUGAGGUGUCACAGCUGGAAGAACACUGCUCUGCAUAAGGUCACAUAUUUACAGAAUGGCAAAGGCAGGAAGUACUUUCAUCAUAAUUCUGACUUCUACAUUCCAAAUGCCAAACUCGAAGACAGCGGCUCCUACUUCUGCAGGGGGCUUAUUGGGAGUAAAAAUGUGUCUUCAGAGACUGUGAACAUCACCAUCACUCAAGGUUUGGCAGUGACCACCAUCUCAUCAUUCUUUCCACCUGGGUACCAAAUCUCUUUCUGCUUGGUGAUGGUAUUCCUUUUUGCAGUGGACACAGGACUAUAUUUCUCUGUGAAGAGAAACAUUCGAAGCUCAACAAGAGACUGGAAGGACCAUAAAUUUAAAUGGAGAAAGGACCCUCAAGACAAAUGACCCCCAUCCCAUGCAGGUAAUAAGAGCAGUGGCAGCAGCAUCUCUGAA